AUGAUGAUGAAGAAGUCGUCCCCGAAUCGCCACCUAAAGAGCUCAAGCGCAAAAAAAAACACGGGGAAGGGGAAGGCGGUUGAAACCGCGCCAAAAAGCGGUUCGAGAGCAAAGCCGAGACAGUGGACAAAAGUAGAGGAGGAGGCGCUAGCAAUUGCGUAUGUUAAGUCCUCAACUUGCCCGAUUGUCGGGAACAACCAAACGGGUACUAAUUUUUGGAAGGCGACAACGGAAAGAUUUAACGGGAUUAUGGAUCAAGGCCCGAUGCGUGAUAUCGAUUCCGUCUCGAACAAGUGGCGUAAAAUGAACAAGACCAUCAAUGAAUUUUGCGGGUAUUGUAACCAAAUUUACACUAAUCCUCUUAGUGAAAGUAACGACGAGGACAUUCUUAACCUUGCGUUGGCUAAAUCGGAUUCUAAAAAUUCAACGCCUUUCCCACACCUCCGAGCAUGGAACGUUUUGAAGAAAGAAAACAAAUGGAAGUCGGUUCCAAAUGAGGUCGCAACCGCCAAACGGAGUAAAACUUACGAGUUCGGAAGUUAUAGUGCGGGAGGCUCCACCGCUCAUUGUCAAAUCGACAUAAACGACGACCCGAUAUAUGACGAGGAUGUGUUGCCCGUUCACGAGUAA